UCCUUUUCUUUUCGUUCUUUCUUGAUCAGCAAUCAACAACUCUCACGCGCCAUAAUCCUCUUUCACGUUACGUUUCAAUAUUCUCACUCCCUUUUUCUUCACUUUUAAUAUCUCACCGCCAUGCCCGGCGACGGCGAUGGCGAUGGCACACCUUCUCCGGCCAAUGGACGGAGCGAUCAGAAAGUUCCUUUUUAUAAACUAUUCACAUUCGCCGAUCGCUUCGACAAUAUAUUGAUGGCCGUUGGGUCCGUCUGCGCUGUUGCUAACGGCCUCUCUCAGCCAAUCAUGACGCUUAUUUUCGGCAAGAUGAUCGAUUCCUUUGGCUCUUCCGAUCAGUCUAAUGUCGUUACUCAAGUUUCCAAGAUUUCCAUAGACUUUGUGUACCUAGGCAUUGGUACUGGAAUUGCUUCAUUCCUGCAGGUUGCUUGUUGGAUGGUAACAGGAGAAAGACAGGCUGCACGUAUUAGAGCAUUGUAUUUGAAAACAAUACUAAGACAGGACAUUACAUAUUUUGACACUGAAACUACAACUGGAGAAGUUAUUGGUCGGAUGUCUGGUGAUACCAUUCUUAUACAAGAUGCCAUGGGAGAAAAGGUGGGAAAGUUCAUACAGUUGAUAUCAACUUUCUUUGGUGGUUUUGUGGUUGCCUUUGUGAGGGGAUGGCUUCUUGCUGUGGUUUUACUCUCUUGCAUUCCUGCAAUUGUUAUUGCUGGUGGCACCACUUCACUCAUCAUGUCUAAAAUGUCAAGCCGUGGACAGAUUGCUUAUGCAGAAGCAGGGAAUGUGGUUGAACAAACCGUAGGAGCGAUUAGAACGGUAGCAUCAUUCACAGGGGAGAAACAAGCUAUCGAGAAGUACAACGAGAAGCUGAAAAUAGCUUACAAGUCUACUGUUCAACAAGGACUUGCCUCAGGUUUAGGACUUGGCCUAAUCUUGUUAAUUGUCUUUGGAACUUAUGGGCUGGCAGUAUGGUAUGGAUCUAAGCUUAUCAUUCAGAAGGGGUACAAUGGUGGACAAGUUAUCAAUGUUAUAUUUGCGAUUAUGACUGGGGGAAUGUCACUGGGCCAGACAUCACCUGUGGUGAAUGCAUUUGCUUCAGGGCAGGCUGCCGCUUACAAAAUGUUUGAGACGAUCAAACGAAAACCAAAAAUCGAUUCGUAUGAUGCCAGUGGUAUAGCACCAGAAGACAUACAAGGUGAUAUUGAACUUAAAGAUGUCCACUUCAGAUAUCCUGCUCGGCCAGAUGUGCAGAUAUUUUCAGGAUUCUCGUUGUUUGUUCCCAGUGGAACAACUGCUGCACUCGUUGGACAUAGUGGAAGUGGGAAGUCGACUGUUAUCAGUUUGCUAGAAAGAUUCUAUGAUCCUGAUUCUGGUGAAGUACUUAUAGAUGGAGUGAAUUUGAAGCACUACAAACUUAGAUGGAUUAGAGAAAAAAUUGGUCUUGUUAGUCAAGAACCUAUACUCUUUACAACUACUAUAAGGGAGAAUAUAUUGUAUGGAAAAGAAAAUGCAACAGAAGAAGAGCUAAGAGCAGCAACUGAGCUUGCAAAUGCUGCAAAGUUCAUUGACAAGCUGCCUAAGGGGCUUGAUACAAUGGUAGGCGAGCACGGGACUCAGCUAUCAGGUGGACAGAAGCAAAGAAUUGCCAUUUCAAGAGCCAUUUUGAAAAAUCCCAGAAUUCUACUCCUUGAUGAAGCAACUAGUGCUUUAGAUUCAGAAUCCGAGCGUAUUGUUCAAGAAGCACUUGUAAGAGUGAUGGCGAACCGGACGACCGUGGUUGUUGCUCAUCGCUUGACAACUAUAAGGAAUUCUGACACUAUAGCAGUGGUACAUCAAGGGAAACUGCUAGAGCAAGGAACGCAUGUUGAGCUGAUCAAAAAUCCUGAUGGAGCUUACUCUCAACUAGUCCGUCUGCAAGAAGGAAUAACAACAGGAACCGAAACAGAAACUAAACCGAUCAAUGAUGCCAUUGAUCUAGACAAAACAAUGGGAAGUUCUGCCAGCAAGAGAACAUCAGUGAUAAGAUCUAUAAGCAGGGGAUCAUCAGGUAGUCGACGUUCAUUCACGAUCAACUUUGCCAUUCCAGGUUCAGUUCAUAUCCAUGAUGAAGAAAUUGAUGAUGAUGGACCAAAAAGAAAUGACAUGGAUAAGGAAAAACCUAAACAGGUUUCAGUGAAACGAUUGGCAACUUUGAAUAAGCCUGAGGUGCCAGUGUUGCUCCUUGGAUGCAUUGCAGCAGUUAUGAGUGGCAUGGUCUUUCCUAUAUUUGGCCUCUUACUCUCAAGUGCCAUUGGAAUGUUUUAUAAGCCUGCAAGCCAGCUUGAGAAAGAAUCCAAAUUUUGGGCGCUUAUUUAUCUCGGUCUAGGAUGUCUCACAUUCUUUGCUUCGCCUACGCAGAAUUACUUUUUCGGGAUUGCAGGUGGAAAGUUAAUCGAACGGAUACGGUCUUUGACAUUUAAAAAGAUUGUCCACCAACAGAUUAGUUAUUUUGAUGAUCCUGCAAACACAAGCGGUGCAAUUGGAGCAAGGUUGUCAACUGAUGCUGCCACAGUUAGAGGGCUUGUAGGGGAUGCAUUGGCUUUAGUAGUCCAAAACAUUGCAACCAUCACAGCUGGGCUAGUCAUAGCAUUCACAGCUAACUGGAUAUUAGCUUUAGUCAUUCUAGGAGUGUCUCCUUUGCUACUUGUACAAGGUUACCUCCAGACCAAGUUCACAAAGGGGUUCAGUGCUGAUGCCAAGGUCAUGUAUGAAGAAGCGAGUCAGGUCGCGAACGACGCGGUCGGCAGCAUCAGAACGGUUGCAUCAUUUUGCUCUGAAAAGAAGGUGAUGGAUUUAUAUGAAAAGAAAUGCGAGGACCCUGUCAAAAAUGGAGUUCGCCUAGGACUCGUCAGUGGUGCCGGAUUCGGCUUUUCUUUCUUUGCUCUCUUCUGCACAAAUGCCUUUUGCUUCUACAUUGGAUCCAUUCUUGUGAAUCAUGGCAUGGCAACAUUUCCUGAAGUCUUCAAGGUCUUUUUUGCUCUUACAAUUUCUGCAAUGGGUGUUUCCCAAACCAGCGCCUUGGCUCCUGAUAGCAGCAAAGCCAAGGAUUCCGCAGCCUCUAUAUUUGAAAUACUCGACAGCAAGCCUAAGAUUGAUUCAAGUAGCAGUGAAGGUGUGACACUCACCUCUGUAAUCGGCAAUAUUGAGUUUGAUCAUGUUAGUUUCAAGUAUCCAACAAGACCAGAUAUUCAAAUUUUCCGAGAUUUAUGCUUAAGAAUCCCGUCUGGAAAGACAGUGGCAUUGGUUGGAGAGAGUGGCAGCGGAAAAUCAACAGUAAUAAGUCUGAUAGAAAGAUUUUACGACCCAGAUUCGGGACGAACUCUUCUGGACGGAGUAGAAAUCCACAAAUUCAAACUGAGUUGGCUAAGGCAACAAAUGGGGUUGGUGAGUCAAGAACCAAUAUUAUUCAAUGAAACAAUUCGAUCCAACAUAGCUUAUGGAAAACCAGAAAAUGCAGCAAGUGAAGAAGAGAUAAUAGGAGCAGCAAAAGCGGCAAAUGCCCACAAUUUCAUAUCUUCAUUACCUGAAGGCUACGAAACCACAGUAGGAGAAAGAGGAGUUCAAUUAUCAGGAGGCCAAAAACAGAGGAUAGCCAUUGCUAGAGCCAUUCUAAAGAACCCAAAAAUCCUUUUGUUGGAUGAAGCAACGAGCGCAUUGGACGCCGAAUCAGAGCGAGUUGUACAAGAUGCGUUAGAUAGAGUGAUGGUUAAUAGAACGACAGUCGUUGUUGCUCAUCGGCUUACCACUAUUAGAGGGGCUGACAUUAUUGCUGUGGUGAAAAAUGGUGUGAUUGCUGAGAAAGGAAGCCAUGAGGAGCUGAUGAAGAUCAGUGAUGGAGCUUAUGCAUCGUUAGUGGCACUUCAUUCAACUUCUUCAAGUGUUUAGCAAAGGAUAAUCAUUUUUUUGGACCCAUUUAGUAAUAGUAUAGAAUCCAAAAUUAUGUUUUCUUUC